AAAAAUAUCACAAAAAACACUAUUUGGCAAGGAUGCUUGAGCUAUAAAAUCCCAUGUUAGUCUAGAAGUUGCACACACGCCAUCAUGUUUCGUCUGAAAACCUUGCUCCUGGUGGCUGCAGCAGCUGUGACUGUCGGCGCCCAGUGCCCCGAUACCUUCUUCGAGGCCGGGGGAGGAUGCUUCCACGUCGUAGACACCGGCGACACGGACAUCACCUGGGAAGACGCUCGGGAAACGUGCAUUGGCCUGAGCGACAGCAGCUGGACUGUGGACUUGGCUUCCCUCGACUCCACGGCGCAGCUCGAGGCCUUCGCGGAGGCGUGGGAUACAGUGGGGGCAGACUACAGGCCCUACGGCUACAUGUGGGUGGGCUUCACCCGUGAGACCGGGCAGUGGGCCAACCUGGACGGAGUGCCAAUAUCCCUCUACUCCAACAUGUGGCGCGAGAGUCACCCACACGACAUGACAUGACGUUACGUCUUCAUCGAGGACGUCACCAUGACCUCCGGCAUCGAGUCCCGCGGGCGCUUCUACGCCUCGUGCACGAUGAAGGACGCUCUUCAGAGGCGCUGUGCAGGGCUUUCCCGGCCUAAUCAAGACUUGAAUAAACACACUGUAAAUCGUGCUGAAUUUGAUUUCAGUUCAUCAUAA